AUGACUCCACAUCACAACACGCGGUCUCAAAAAGGCAAGAAUGUCGAUGCCGGUACACCCCAUUUACAGACGGCACAAGGCAUCAUCAACAAAAAGAACAAGGCGCGGUCUCGCAAAGGAAAGGAACUUGAUACCAAUACCUCAGAGCCAGCACAAGAUAAUAAAGAUGCCACUGAAAAGCUUCAAACGCAGAAAGUUUUCGAACCGAUUCACCAGCUAUUAUUUGACUUGGAAAAUCUCCAACAGGGAGUUGCUGCCGCUGCCGUCAAGGUGCUUGGCAUUGACGGAGCAAAGUCAUGUAUCGGCGAUUUAUUGGAGAUCGAAGGUACCGCUGACGCUUGUGGCACUCCCCUUCACGCCAUCAUCAACCGUAUACAACAAGGAAUCGAUAAAUUCCAAUCUGCCAUCGACAAGGCUAAAUUUAUUAUUGUUGGUAACCAAUCAGAUGAUUGCGAGGAAGACGGAGAAGAGGGGUUUGAGGACGGUUAUACUUCUGACGGUAGCGCUGGGUCUGAUAUUCUAGCUGUGCCAGAAAGUUUACAGCAGCCUCCACAUAAGCAAGUCUAUCAAUCCCAAGCUUCUGUUGUCGAGCCUUCGGCUGCCACAGAUGUUGCUUAUCCACCGAUUCCCCGUAAAACGGCUGAAUUGUCAGCCAAAAGAAUUGAUGUCAACCGUCGUCCAAGUGCCAAAGUAGCAUUGGACAAUAUUGCAACAUCUUCCGGUGCUGGUACGUUGAGAAGAAGCAAGAGAAUUCGCGAUACAGCACGAAAUCAGGAGAGAGAAGAUAAACGUCAACGCCGUUCCUAA